AUGGCACAGAAAAACCAAACUGCCAGCAGUUCUGACGACCAAUCUGCCAGCGCCACACCGUCUGCACAAGACGCCUCGGAUUCCACGCAGCCUGCCACUUCGGGCGCGUCGACAUCCAAAGCAGCAUCUGCCGCCCAGAAAUCACAUCAGACUGAGCUUGACGCCGCCCUUCGCAACGCUCAACCCACGAUCAAGUCUUCUGCCAUGGGUUUGGAUCAGUCUUCAAAGGACGCUGCCGCUUUCGAAGCUGCGAACCCUUACGGGACGCGGUCACGAAACCGCACUGGCUCAUCGCGCCCAAACUACGCCGAGGACAAGGAUCUCGAUGUCGACAUGUAUGAUUACGCCCCAGAGAAGAAGGAUCAAGAGUCCAAGAAAUCGGCGCGUCACAGUAAUGUGUCGGCCGCGUCCAUCCAAGAGAACGCGCGACCCAACGGCUCAACCCGCAAGGCCCUGCCAUCUGACGACACAAAGUCGACCGUCCCUCAGAACGGAGCAAAGGACGUGCAGCCAGCAAAUGCCACCCCGACCACGCAAACACUGGCUUCGACAAACUCGACGCAACCCUCAAAAAAGCGCAAGGCUGCUUCACACGCCGCAGCUGCGACUUCUCAGGCUCAUGCUUCUGCGACGGCAUCGUCGUCUGGCGCCAGCACAGUGGCAUCACGAAAAACGGCGUCGGGCCCUUACGCUAGCUCUUACGCAGAGACGAACAUGCUCAGUUUCGAGAACUCCGGUGCAGUCCCCAGAGAUGGCAAGUUGGUGGCGGAUGACGGUACCGUGCUAGCACCCAAUGACAAUGUCUAUCUCGUGUGUGAGCCCCCGGGCGAGCCAUACUACCUGGGUCGCAUCAUGGAGUUUCUCCACAUGCAGAAUAACAACAAAAAGCCGGUGGAUGCACUUCGCAUCAAUUGGUUUUACAGACCUAAGGAUAUCGGCAAGAAGGUUAAUGACACCCGACUGGUGUUUGCGACGAUGCAUUCCGAUAUCAGUCCUUUGACGGCCUUGCGUGGUAAGUGCCACAUCCUGCACAAGGCGGAAAUUCCCAACAUGGAUGAAUACCGAAAAAUCUCGGACAAUUUCUGGUACGAAAAAUUGUACGACCGCUACAUCCAGAAAAAUUACGAUCUGAUCCCUACGUCGACAAUCGUGAACGUGCCUGAGAGGGUGAAGAAAGUGCUAGACGAACGCUGGAAAUUCGUUAUUGUGGAGCAGGGCCGCGGAAAAGAGUUCACUAGUGCGGUGAAGUCCUGCAAGCGAUGCAGCGGCUACUGUGCAAGCAAUGACUCGGUUGAUUGUGCUGUGUGUAAGAAGACAUACCACAUGAACUGUGUCAGGCCGCCCCUGCUCAAGAAACCCUCCAGAGGCUUCGCUUGGUCCUGCGCUGCUUGUAGUCGCGCGCAGGAACGGAAAUUAGAAGCUCGGCACACUCCUAACCCGAACAGUCUCAAGGAGAAUGCAGGUGAUGCGGAUGAUGAGGACUUGUACGACGACGAUGAAGACGAGAUGCAAAUUGACACCGAACGGACGAGUCCUGCCGAGGACGACGACGCCCAUCGUACCGGCACUGCAGAGCAAAUUUACCAAGCCAGCCUGUGGCCUUGGCGCUACCUUGGGAUGCACUGCAGGCCCGAAGAUGCCCUUGAUUACGAUGACCGAAUCUACCCCCGCGCAAGCACUCGCAUAGGCCCCAAACAUCAGGCGCCUGUGCUUCCUUGGCCCGGCCAGCCUGUACAGUAUCAAAAGCCUCUGGAGUUCAAGAGGACGGGGAAGAAGGGACCUGGGCUUUCAAAAGAAGCGCUUGCCGCCUUGGAGGCUGAGAAGAUCCGACGCGAGAAGCGUCCCAAGUGGGUUCAAGAUGAACCUUCAGGUUAUGUGGCGAGAGGAGAGGACGACGACCCCGACGACCCGAACGCCACAGCUACGCGCAUUUGGGUGCCUCCCCCAGCAGGUGAGAAGAAUACUGGAUGGGAAGCCAAGCUCGACCGGUACAUGAAAAAAGCAGAAGAGUUGACGGCCAAGUUUGGUCUGGCGAAAAACUCGACUAACUUUCAUGAUAUUGCUUUGGCAACGUACUACAGCAGUGGAUAUGAUGAAGAUCACGCACUGAAGGCUCUGUCGGAAGUCAACAAGGCGACUUUCAAGGAACCCGACCUGACGGCCACGGAACAGAAGAGGUUCGAGGAAGGUGUCAGCAAGUACGGGUCCGAGCUUUAUCUCGUCAAGCGACAUGUCAAGUCUCUUUCGCCCGGAGAGAUCGUACGAUAUUACUACAACUGGAAGAAGACCCCGCAAGGCAAACAGAUUUGGGGGAAUUUUCAGAACAGAAAAAGCAAGAAGGAAGCCAAGAAGGCCGAGGUUGCCGCAAGCAAGCUGCAAGAUGAUAUCGCCGACGAUGCAGACGACUCUGCGUUCGAUUGCGACAAGGCGGCAAGCAAAAAGAAGAGCUUCGUGUGCAAGUUCUGCCAUACCAAGUAUUCCAGGCAAUGGAGGCGGGCUCCGAAUGCGUCGGGAACACCAGUCAGCGAGGGCAAGAAUUCCAACAAGGACAAAGGCCAGUACAUCAAUGCACUUUGUCGCAGAUGCGCAGAGCUCUGGCGGCGUUAUGGUAUUCAAUGGGAAGAAAUGGACGAGGUUGCCAAAAAGAUCGCUCAAGCAGGUGGUCGAGCCUGGAAGAAAAGACAGGACGAGGAACUGCUCAAGGAGCUUGAGGCAGCCAAGGAAAUGCAUACUUACUGGAACACCCCUCCGCCAGUCAUCGCUCCAGAGCCGGUUGUGGCAGUUCCAGCGGCACCUUCGAGCGAACCUCCGCGGAAGAAGCUCAAAGGAGCACCCCCAGAGAGAGACUCGGAGUCGCUCGCCUCAGACUCAGCUCCUGCUGCCGCUCCACCGAAGAAGAAGGAAAAGGCGGUCGAGAAAGAGAAACCAGCGCCCCCACCGGUUCCAGAAAUCCCGAAGCCCAAGACUAUGCCUUGCGCAAUUUGCAACCAGUUGGAGCCCUUGGGAGAUCAGCAUCUGUCGUGUAAGGAAUGCAGACUGACAGUCCACCGCAACUGUUAUGGAGUCUUCGACAACAGGCACCCCGGCAAAUGGACCUGCGACAUGUGCGCCAAUGACAAGAGCCCACAGGUCUCGAUCCAAUACAAGUGUGUCUUGUGCCCAAUUGAACAUACGGAGCAUGACUUCGUUGAGCAGCCCAAAAUCUCUACUUCCAAGAAGAAAUCAGAGAAGGAAAAGGAGCGCGAGAGAGUGGAACGAGAGCAGGCACAAAAGGCUGCCGACUACUACAAGAAGAAGCAGGAGGAUACCAACCGCCCAGUCAACCCCAGGGAGCCUUUGAAACGGACCGCAGAUAACAACUGGGUUCAUGUCACCUGUGCUGUUUGGACACCCGAGGUCAAGUUUGGCAAUGCUAAGGCAUUGAGUCCAUCUGAGGUUCAUGUUGAAUGCGCUCGCCAAAAGGGUUACCUCCUCGGCUUUGACAUCACUCCUGUAAAGGGGUCUCGCCGUGACCAGUUCAAUCUCGUCACCAUCAAUGGCGAAACUGGUGUCAUGUCAGCCACGGUAUGGUGCAAGGAGCACGUUCCAACAAAGAGCGUUAUCCAUCAGAUGCACGACAUUGUUGACGAGGAUGGUCUCACUGCUCUACAGUUCUAUGUGCAGAGCUACAAACAGGCAGAUCUCACCUUGACUGGCACAGUCAGAAAGGCCAACCUGAUGACGAAUGCUGCGAAGAUGGGAGGUAUUCCUGUGACGCCCAGCACUCGGCGAGCAUCAACCACUACGGCACCUUCUAACGUAGUUUCUCAGAGUGCGAACAGCGAAACCACGAGCACCCACCAAGCAGGAGAGAAAAUAUGCAUCACCUGUGGCAUCGACGUCGCUCUCAAGUGGUGGCCUAUUGAGAACUCUGAUGAGCGGGAACUUACCAAUGGUCACUAUGGAAGCCUUGGCUCCGAGGCUCAGAAAUUUGUCGAGCAGAGAAAGUUCCAAUGUCACAAGUGCCGCAAAUUGAAGAAGAAGCCGGUUCCCCAUGUACCCAAAGAACCAUCUCCAGUCAUCGAGGCUGCUGCGAGAUUGGUGCCACCUCCACCUUUACCGGUUGUUCCUCCGCACCACGCUCUCGUGGCCCCUCCUCCACCCUUGAGGAGCCCACCAACGACCGGCGCAGAGGCCAGAGCUCGAAGCCUCUCUUCGUAUGCCUGGGUUGCUCCGGCACCUCCUCCACCGCCGCCUGCCUCACAGCCUGCGGCUCCGCAUCCGGCGCCUCUCCUCACCAAGCUCCGGGCCCCUAUGGCCCUCCGCCGGCACCAAGAUACGAGUGGAACAGUCGCCCUCCUCCGCGUCAUGGAUCACCACCACAGCGUCCUAUUUUCCAGCCGUUGGCCAACCUACGUCCUCCGCCAAUGA